UUAUGUCAUCGCUCCAACUGCAAUCUGCUGCUUUCGAGCUUCGAACAGUCCGAUUCAUUCGGACGGCUCAUUCCAAUCGAACGUGAUUCACUGAUUCAUUUGAGAGAUACAAACUCCUUGUGGAUCGGUUCGAUUGAAUCAUUAAGACGAACCGAUUCAUUAGAACGACUCGUUGGCGAAUCGAAUCUGGCCGCCACUCUUUGUCCUCGCGGUGACUGACUGCAUAUGAUCCCGCUGAAUGUACAUUAUUUAUUCAUCCGUUUACACUCUGUAUUCAUCAAACAGACGAUCUGAAGGAUGGUGUUAGUUCAUGUCGGAUAUUUGGUUCUUCCUGUCUUUGGCUCAGUGAGAAAUAGAGGAUCUCAUUUUAACAGGCAUCAGCACAGUCAUGCUACCUCUUGCCGGCAUUUCCACGUAGGCCCUCAGGCCCAGAUCCCUGUUGAUUUCCCAAUGCCCCAUCCAGGACAAUCUCCCACGGGAAUGAGCCCUCACCUGGGUCAACCACACGCCCCGCUCAACCAUAUACCAGCGCCUCCGUUCCAGGACAUCUCGACCCCAUCAUUCCUACCUCAGGCUUUACACCAGCAAUACCUCAUCCAGCAGCAGAUCCUGGAGGCCCAGCACAGGAGGAUACUCCCACAGCACAGCAGACACGCUUCAGACCGAACUCUUCCCCAUCCGCAGACGCUGCGCCCGCCCUAUGAUUACCCACAAUCCUUUCACAUCCCGGCGCCGGUCCCACAGCAGCCGCGCUACCUUGCCGAAGGAACAGACUGGGAUCUGAGUGUGGAUCCAGGCCUGCCACAGUAUCACGUCUCUCCUCUCACUCAGCAUUAUCAGCAUUACCUGACCUCUCCACGCCUGCAUCACUUCCCCAGGAACAACACCUCGGCACAAGUGGUUGUCCAUGAGAUCAGAAACUACCCAUAUCCUCAGUUACACCUGCUGGCUCUCCAAGGCCUCAGUCCGUCUCGACACGCGUCUGCCGUGCGGGAGAGUUACGAGGAGCUCCUGCAGUUGGAGGACAGACUGGGAAACGUGAACCGAGGGGCUGUGCAGACCACCAUUGAGAGGUGUACAUUUCCUCACAAGUAUAAAAAGAGAAGACCUCUGGAUCUGAAGAUCGGCAUGUAUGAAGAGGAGCUCGACACAGAUGAGAAAUGCACGAUAUGCCUCUCGAUGCUCGAGGACGGAGAGGACGUCAGGAGAUUACCCUGCAUGCACCUCUUCCAUCAGGCUUGUGUCGACCAGUGGCUGGCGACCAAUAAGAAGUGUCCCAUCUGCAGGGUAGACAUUGAGACGCAGCUGUCGCCUGAUAGCUGAUGUCUCGUGUAGCGCUAGCGAAAGCUCCUGUCGUCUCUCUUCGUCCCCUCGUGGGCACUUUGCCAAAAUGUGUCAUCUCCAUCACCACUCUCACCUCUGACCUUUGCCUUCUGAGCCAAAUGACCAUGAGAACAGAGAAGAGUGGAGAAGAACGAGUCUGUCGAUGAAGAUGGUUUCAGUCAAAGUGCUCUGUAUGUGUGUGUGUGUGUGUGUGUGUGUGGGAACGAUGACCAACCAAAUGUUCUCAGUGGGUCACGGAUGAAGCAUUACGGCAUAUCACACGUGGUUGGUCACGAACUUAGUUGAACGAAUCAUUUGUGGAAAAAACACAUCAUGAGCGAAUGAGAGAAAGUCGUCGUCGUCGUGUCUGUAAUUAUCGGAGAUGAUGCUUGGCGUUCGUUUGUAAUCGUGAGGCCAGGCUUGAUGACGAACUGUGACGGUGUGCAUUUCGUCCAGCGCUUGUCAAACGUAUCCACUAAAUGCAUGUUGAAGCGAGAGCCUUCUGGGAAACGUGACGUGAGGACGUCCUGCUAGUCCUGAAGACACUGUGUUCUCGAAGCGAGUGAAACAUGUACCGUAAUGCCUGUAGCACAAGCACACGUCGAACAGUAACGGCAUAACUCUGUGUUUCCAUUCGCUCUGUGACUCGUGGUCUCGCUUGUAGAGUCGUGAUGUGCAUGAAACCUGUUUGCUGCCAUUUCUAGAGGACAUGACAAGGGAGUAAAGCCAUUUGUUUUAUAGAAACCAAACAUAACUUUUCUAAGGCUGUUCUUCACGAUCACUCUUUCUGGUUUUUCUUUGUCUUCUCUUGCCAAGCUGUGUGUGCGGGGCUGGUACAGCUUCUCAACAUAAGUAGCUGCGAUGCUGGAAAAAAACAAAACAACUUAUUUAUUGUUGUCUUAAUGUAGUUAGUGGUUAUUUUUGUAAAUGCACUCACGUUCUGAUGGGGUCGUGUGAUCGUUUCCCUGCUUUUUUGCAUUUGCACUCGAGUAAGCUGUUUCCUUGCGUAUCGUGCACUCAUCCCCCCCCCCCAAAAAAAAACACA